AUGGACUAUAUCGAGAACUUCGAGGAGAUAUGCAGUACGACUAGCUCGAAUGGAGUACCAGCUGACUUUCUGAAGUGCAAGCUAUUCCCGUUCUCACUCGCCAACAAAGCAUCUCGUUGGCUGAAGUCAUUACCACCUGAGUUUUUGACAUCAUGGGCCCAAUGUAGAGCGUCGUUUCUGGACCAUUUCUACACUAAGGCCAAGACUGCAGGUCUGAGGACUAAGAUCUCAUCUUUCCAGCAGUAUGAAGGUGAAGCUUUCUGCGAAGCAUGGGAAAGAUACAUAGAGUAUAGAAGAGCGUGUCCUCAUCAUGGAUACACUGAUGAGAAAAUCCUGAGCAUCUUCUAUGACGGAGUCAACUGGGACUACAUGAAUGCUUUGAACUCAGCCAGCAAUGGCGAUUUCAUGACUAAGUCCAAAGAAGGUGCAUUCGAGCUGAUCGAGAAUCUUGCAGCGAGCUCUAGCAACAAGAACGCUGAGUACGACAGAACAAUGAGCACUGUAUCAGUCAAAGGAAGCGGUGCUGAAGCGAAGAAAAUUGAGGAACUCAUGGCCAAAGUGAAUCUACUAAUGAAGGCGCAACAGAAGUCUGUUCAUUUUGUUGACGAAAAUGAUGAUUCACCUAUCUCUCAAGAGUUUGGAGGAGAAGAGGAUGAAGAUGAUCAGAUGGAGGUCAACUAUGUGAAUGGGCAAGCUUUUGCGCAGAACCAUAGCUUCAACUCGAACUACAGGAACCAUCCGAACAUGUCCUACAAGAGCACCAACGUCGAGAAUCCUCGGGAUCAGAACCGUUCUCAGGGUGGUAACCAACAGAAGGCGCAGUUCAGCAACCAGCAACAACCUUCAAGUUCAUCGAACAACCCGAACGAUGAGCUUAAGGGUAUGAUGCAGCAGAUGUUGAUAAACCAGCAGGAGUCCACUGCGGAGACACACUUGAAGAUAGACACCAUGUACAACGAUCUGAAUGGAAAGUACGAGGCUGUGUGGACUCAUGUGAAGAAGCUGGAUGUCCAAGUAGCUCAAACCGUUGAAGCAGUGAAGAGACCUCAUGGAACCCUUCCUGGGAAAGGAGAGACGAACCCCAGGAAUGAGUAUGCUGCGCAAGUUGAGCUGAGAAGUGGGAGGAAGCUGUUACCCGCUGCGAUUCCUCCUAAAAGGUCAGGCAAGGAGAAAGUCGACGAGAAUCCGGAACAUGUGACUGAAGUCGAUCGAGCUGCUUCGAGAGGAGUCGAUCGAGCUGAUGAUGACGCCUCCUUAGCUUGUUCCACAGAAGAAAUGAUUCCUGCUUUGAAGAAGUACAUGAAGGAGCAGAUAUCUGGGAAAGUAGCUAAGGAGGAAAAUGUCAUGCUAGUGUCAGAGGAGUGUAGCGAUGUGGUGAUAAAGAAGAGGAGCGAUCCAUGA